CUUGGUGUCUCCACAUCCUUUCACCAGGCAAUGUCCCUGUAGUGUGUGCUGUCUUCAUAGGUCCUUUCUCAGUCUUUCUCACCCUCCUGUUUUGAGUCUCCUGUGUCCCUGCUUUCAAGCACAGACUAACUCUGGCUGUUCAGGAGAGGGGAGGACCAUGCCUAUGUGUGGCCAGCAGACAGCGACAAAGACCCCUAGCCAGCCUGCUCCCUGCCAUGCCAAACACCCACUGAAGGCCACCCGCAGACCAGCAGGCGAGGCGGCUGCUGAUGCUCUGUGGCCAACAUCAGAAGAAGGGAAAAGAAGUCGCGGGGAUGGAGUCCAGCCCUGAGGUGAGAUGGAAAGUGAUCAAGAGCAGUGACAGCGUGAAUCCUGUUGAUGCCAGGCAAGAGCUGCCCGACUGGGACAAGAGUAACCGUCUCUGUCGAAACCUCCCUUGUGUUUCAGACUGUGCAGUGACGCCCUCCCCACCCCAGGCCUCUGGAGCCUUUGGAGCAGAAAGAUCCCAGGAGCUGAGGAGGAAUCCAGGGAAUUCAACUGUCACCAGAUGGAUCAGACUGAACAGGUUUCAAACCUCGAGGAGGCUCUUACCUUCUAAACAGGAAUGGCUGUUUUCUAGUAAAAUCAGGAAAAGGGAAGGAGAAAACUUGAAAGAGAUUCCUCCUGGCGCUCACAUACAUGAACCCGAAUACUCUCUCAGUCCUCAAAGAGAGACCUGGAGAAGGAGACUUGUUGAAGCAAAGCCACAGAGGUCUUUGAGGUUUCCCUGGCCUCUCGCCCCUCUCCUGCCUGGCUGAUGUCAGCAUCUCUCUGUGAGGUCAUCACUUUCCCACCACCUUUGACCAAUAGUCUGAGGUCCUGCAAAAGGCUUUUGUUAUGUCACUGCCACACCCCUCCCUUGCUGUGCUAAUGUCCUGCCCCUGGCCAGGCACUUUGGAGGUUUGAUCUACUCCCUGUGGAUCACCCCACUCAAGGAGCGUUCGUUCUAGGAAGCAAGCCAGUAGUUUUGGAUCAUCUGCAAAUUUUGUCACCUCACUGCUCAGCAGAUCAUUUAUUAAUAUGUUGACUAGUCCUGGUCCCAGUACAGACACCACCAGAUACCUGUUUCCAUCCUGAAAACUGACCAUUUAGUCCUAUCCUUUGUUUCCUAUCUUUUAACCAGUUAUUGAUCCAUGUGAGGACCUUCUGGAGGUGAAAGUAAGCCAGUAUGUUACGGUAUGGGGUACUGGCAAGAGCCAGUACGCUGUGCCAGCCCAGCCCGACUUCCCCAGGCUGGUGAUUUAAAGGGUCCAUGGCUCCCUGCUGCGGCCGGAGCCCCGGGACCUUUAAAUCACCUCCCAAGCCCCCCUGCCGGAGCCUUGGGGAGCAAAUCACUGCCGUGGA